CGAGGUACUUGCGCCCGCGGCUCUUUUAUAGCGAUACUCGCAGCCCGAACCCGCCAGAAGCGGACGACACUCGCGCUGAGCGGACGAACACACAAAAAGUCAUAAUUAUUAUAACAAUCAUGAAGCCGCUGUGCAUCUUUUUUGUAAUCGCUAUCUCCAGCGCCAUGGCGAUGCAGAUCAGGCCUAAACGGCAGUCCACCCGGUCUGAAGACACAAACGACUUGGAAGACCGCUACGGUUGGCAGGCGCAGGGCAGACCACAGUGGAAUCAGUUUCCGGGACAGAACCGAUUCCCUGGACAAAACCAAUUUCCGGGACAAAACCAAUUCCCUGGACAGAACCAAUUCCCAGGACAGAACCAGUUUCCUGGACAGGGCCGAUUUCCGGGACAGGGGCAGUUCCCAGGACAAGGACAGUUUCCGGGACAGGGCCAAUUUCCAGGACAGAACCAAUUCCCAGGACAGAACCAGUUUCCUGGACAGGGCCAAUUUCCGGGACAGGGGCAGUUCCCAGGACAAGGACAGUUCCCGGGACAGGGCCAAUUUCCGGGACAAGGGCAGUUUCCGGGACAGGGACAGUUCCCUAACCAAAGCCAAAACCCGCAGUCGACUGUAUCCCCUAAUAAUGCAAAUAACAACACUGCAAGCCAGGACCAGUGCAUCACCACGUGCCCUGUGACGGCGGAGUACAACCCGGUGUGUGGCACCAACAUGGUGCAAUAUGCCAACCCGGGGCGGCUGGCGUGCGCCCAAUCGUGUGGCGUCAAUGUUUCCUUGCUGAGGUCCUCGCCGUGUCCGACGACUACUACCGCUGCACCAACAAACUUCAGGACUUAUGAUUCGCUUAUUAUACUUCUGCGAUCUCGCUGCACCGCGGACCGUUACCAACAGACAGAGUGCCCUAAAAAGGAUCAAUCAAAUUUUAAUUUAGUUAUCACACUAUUAACCCAGAAAAUGGUUCAAUGGAUCGCUAUACUAGUGGAAUUGGUCUGUUUGAGCGGAUCGUCGUUCAGCCGAAGUUGGGUCGGAUUUGAUGACGAAGAUAUCGGGUCGUGGGAAGCAGAUCCUGACGAUGAACGGCCAGGUUCCAAAUUUAAAUAUUACGGCAAACCCGCCUCUGAGAAAAGCUAUGAAGAUUAUAAUGAAGGAUAUGUUCAUGAAUAUGGAAAUGGUGCACAUACUUUGAAUAAUCAAGCAUAUCAUAAUAAAAAUCAUAAUAAUAAUGAUGGUCAUGCGUUUGAUUAUGAUUAUAACCAUGAUUAUCAUCAUCAAUAUCACAACCACGGUUAUAAAAACCUAGGACCAUGGGGUCCUCACGGACACAAUAGUCAAUCUGGAUAUUCGGGACAAUCCGGCCAAUAUGGAGGGGCACACGGAUAUCCCGGCGGAACUCAAGCUCAUCCCGACCAACAUUGGGGAUCUUGUAGGCAUCAUAGUGGAUCCGGAUCUUUUGGUCAACAUUGGGGAUCUCACGGACAUCUUAGUGAAACCGGAUCUGGUCAACCCAGCCAAAACAGCGGAUCUCCUCGGGGCUUACCUCAAAACAAUGUAAUCCCACCGCAACGUUCUUCGAAUGACGCUGACCGCGUGGUGUUUCCGGAUUUUAACAACCAAGUUCCCACAACUAGGUAUACGUCAACAACCCGACCAGCUACAACCAGUACGACUACCGUUCGGCCCACCACGACAGACCGGACGCUGCUAGAUCUAGUCAUCUGCAUACGCGCCUGUCCGACCACGUCGGAGUACAACCCCGUCUGCGGCACCAACAACGUCACCUACAACAACCCUGGGGCCUUGCAGUGUGCUAGGAGCUGUGGGCUCAAUGUGGAAGUAGCCCGCCAGGCGCCAUGUCCGCGCGCCGUCCCCCAGAUCCCACAACCUACCAGCACAGCCAGGCCCAUUACCACUCCAACCAGAGCUACAGUUUCUGAGCAAACCACACAGGCCGCCCCCCUCACUAGACCAACCACAGUGAGACCCACAGCGGCACCUACUGCGAACCCUACGCGAUUUACCAACAUCGAUCUCAACUUCAACAGACCCGAGUCAACUCUGAUACCCCUUGAUAUUUUACAGAGUGUAUUCGGAAUCGCCACACCGACUACCAAUAGGUAAUAACGAAGGACUUGAAUUCGAUAUUGAUAAGCGAAUUAACCCCUAGAUUAGAUAAUUAAAUUAUUUUAAAUUAAUAAAUGAAUUAAUACCUAA